AUGGCUUCUAUUAGCGAUUUCGCAGUCUGGCCCUCCCUGGUAGGGGCCUCUACACUGUACUGGCUGAUUCUGAUCAUCUAUCGUGUCUUCUUCCACCCUCUGGCCACAUACCCAGGACCUCUGAUGGCCAAGAUGACCGAUUGGUACAUGGUCUACAUGUCCCUGACGGCACAGAAUACCUACAAACGUUACGAGCUGCACAUGAAGUAUGGCAAAGUGGUGCGUGUGGGGGCCAAUGAGCUCUCCUACAGCGACGAAGCCUCGAUCAAGGACAUUUUUGCACAGAGCACAGAACCAUGCCUCAAGGCACCGGCGUUCUACAAAGGAUUCAGCCUGACGGGGAGGCAAUCCGUGUUCAGCACCACCGACAGAAACGAACAUGGUCGCAUGAGACGAUUACUGUCCCACGGCUUCUCCCAACAAGGUGUUCUCGACUUCCAGCCAGAAAUAUCGCAGAUCAUCGAACAGUACAUCGCCAACAUCGCCACGGCCAGGCAGCCCGUCGAGCUGCACGACGAGACGCACCACCUCUUUCUGGACAUCACGAGCCGACUCAGCUUCGCCAAGAGCUUCGAUACCCUCUCGGGAAGGCCUCACCAGGGCGCACAAGACAUCGAGACAUAUUUCACCGUCUGUCCCCUUUUCGGCCUCCUGCCGAUCGCCCGGUAUUUUCCCUUUGGGCCCUUCAAGGCCGCCAGACAAGCCCAACCCAGGAUCCGACGCUCGGUGCAAGGCUACAUUGACGAAUUCAGGGCGCGACUGGGAAAGGGGACCACCGAACAAGGCCUGCUACGACACAUGCUCACCGCGUGUGACACGGACACCAACACCACCCUGACCGACGCCGAGUUGGUGGAGAACAGCGUGCUCUUCAUCAUCGCGGGUAGCGGCACCUCGGCCACGACGGUCCUGUAUCUGUUGUACGAGGUCUCGAAACGACCAGAGGUACUAGAGCGCUUGACCAGAGAGAUCCGCGACGCAUUCCCCGACCCGUAUGUCAUGCCGGCCUUUGACACGGCCACUAAACUCCCCUACCUCAACUGCGUCCUCCAAGAGACGCUCCGCCUCCGCGGGCCCAUCAUGUCCUGCUCCGUGCGCCUCUCCCCCGGCAAAUCCAUCGGCGGUUCCUUCGUCCCGUACGGCACCACGGUGUCCAACGUUCCCUACGCGACGGCCCGCGACCCCGAAGCCUUUCCCGACCCUGAAGCCUUCGUUCCAGAACGGUGGGAGACGGCCACGCCCUGGAUGCGCUCAAUGAACCGACCUUUCAGCACGGGCAACAGAAACUGUAUCGGUAUGCACCUCGCGCGCGUCCAGGUUUUACUUACAAUCUGCGCUCUGUACCAACGGUUCGACCUCGCCCUGGACCCGCGUGUCACCGAGGACAUGAUGGUCCAGCGUGACUUUGGACUCAUGACCGUCAGUGGGAAGAAACUCUGGAUGACUGCUGCACCCAGGGCAAACUCUAAAGAGGCCCAGUGUCACGGCCUGGACAAGGGCCGGGGUGACUAAUGCGAUGAAGAAAAGUGAGCAACAAAACGCCCUCAAAACCAAAGUCACUGGGACUUGGUAAGAGCGUCGGUUCAACGAAUCGAUAGAGCAAUGUACCCCUACGUUCUAGGUAUCGAAUUGAACAUUCAUUCUCA